GGCGGAAAGUAGACAUCGAAUUAACAAACUUGUGGUGGUUGAAGGAAGAUAAGAAGUCGCAAAAAGUAAAAAUGAAGCCUUUACUUCACGCCGGAAAAGUCUUCGCCCACCCGUUUUUUUGCUUCCGUCGAGUUCACUCCGGGCCGUGCACCCUCUCCUCAUUAGCCUUUAUCGGAAAAAAUAGUCAGAUGAUAGGGCAACCCUUCCCACUAACGCUCGCUGUUCGGUUUCAGGCGUCAGAUCAGUUUCAUCGAUACCUACACAACCCACACAUCGUUCAGCCUGAUGGGGUUGACAGUCUACCGCGUACCAAAGGCGGGCAACAGGAGUGGUUGAAUACUGAGCAAUGGGAUGGCUACAGCGACAGCUACCUCGAGAGGUAUAUGCAGUACGCCGGCACGCCGGAGCACCCGAAUCCGCAGAUCAGCCACCGACAUGAUUUGCUUUAUCGGUGUCUUGGAUUGGUGUAUGAGCUGUACGGAACGCUGGCUGAUGACCUCCAGCAGCUCCAUGAUGACCCGUUUCACCCGAAGUUCCAUCUUCGUAUCGCAAACAUCAAGCGUGAGCGUGAGAAAAUCGCCGAGGCGCUAGACCACUGCUACAAGAACCUGCAUCCGACCGUCAAGGCCGUCUACGAUGCCUACCUCGUGCGCCGCUACUAUCACCUGGCGGAUUGGAUCACGCACGUUGAGAGGAAACGCGCGCACAUUCUGGAGCAACUGAGCCCGGAAUUCAUUCAACAAGCUGUUGAAAUGCGUAAUCUAUCCCAGCGGCUCAUCAAGCGGCUCAAAUUAAUGGGAUCCAGCAUUGAUGUUAACCCGACCCUGGGCCUCCUAUCAAAUAAUGAACUAGAUCAGUAUACCACAGAGGAACUGGCUAUCCUUCAGCAAAAGGCAUCAUACUUUCGAAAGAUGCGUAGGUUUGGUGUCAACCAGCUCGACUCUGAUGUUCAUACGCACUGAAUCAAAUGGAAUGCCAAAAACAAAUAUCACCUUUGAUUUUUGCUUUAGCUGGAGGUGUAACUUUCCAUGAAUCUU